ACCUGUGAUGAUGGUCAUGUGACAGCAGAGUCCUGCAUACACUGAGCAGAUGAGCCUAGAGCAGCAGCCCCUGAUCAUGUGACUCCUCCUCCUCCAUGUGACUGAUCACAUGACGGUGACAUCAUCGCAGGUCCUGUUUCUCCAAUCCAGGAUCCUCUGCUGAUAUCUUCUAUAUAAGAGAAUUCUCCUGGAUGACCCAUCAACCAUGGAGAGAGACAGGAACAAUAUGGCCGACAGGAUCAUAAACCUCACCCUACAGAUACUCUUCCGGCUUACUGGAGAGGAUUACACAGUAGUGAAGAAGUCCUCUAGUGGGCGCUGUCGGGCCCCUGUGUGUGAAGGAUGGAGAAGAACCCUGAGCCCAAUCCCGGGGCCCCCACCUCACUCCCUGAUACAUGAGGAAAUGGAUGAACAGAAGAUCCUAGCACUCAUCAACAAGAUGGUGGAGCUGCUGACUGGAGAGGUUCCUAUAAGGUGUCAGGACGUGGCGGUCUAUUUCUCCAUGGAGGAGUGGGAGUAUGUAGAAGGACACAAGGAUCAGUACAAGGAUCAGGUCAUGAUGGAGGAUCAGCAGCCCCUCACAUCACCAGUCACAUCCAGUAAGAGAACAGCACCAGAGAGGUGUCCCCGUCCUCUUCUUCCACAGGAUGAUCAGGGAGAAGAUCUGAACAAUAUUAAUGCUCCAGAGACACAUGUGAGCGGUGAUGAGCAGUAUAAGGAGGACAUUCCGACAGGAAAAGAUCUGAACCAUAUUAAUGCUACAGAUAUGAAGGAAGAAGAAGAGACAGAUGUGAGCAGUGAUGAGCAGUAUAAGGAGGACGUUCCUACAGGUAACCGCCCAGAUUCUUGUACCAGGAGAUCAGAGGAGAAUCUUAUAUCUUCAGAUUAUAAAGCAGAUGAUGAUAUCACACAAGAUACAUAUGAAGAACAUUCCAUUAUCCCAGAUACACCCUCAGCCCUUCACAGCCAAGAUCUGUCAUCUCAUCCUUAUAUACAGGUCCUGUCUUCUCAGUCAUCACAGGAGGUUCAGCAAAAUAAAGGUCACAGAAGGGGUGUUGGACAUCAACAAGCUCAUACAGGAAAGAAACCAUAUUCAUGCUCAGAAUGUGGGAAAUGUUUUCCUUUUAAAUCAGGUCUUGUUACACAUCAAAGAACUCACACAGGAGAGAAGCCAUUUUCAUGUUCAGAAUGUGGGAAAUGUUUUCCUGCGAAAACAAAUCUUGUUCAACAUCAAAGAACUCACACGGGAGAGAAACCAUUUUCAUGCUCAGAAUGUGGGAAAUGUUUUACUCAGCAAUCACAUCUUGCUGUACAUCAGAGAACUCACACAGUAAAGAAGCAAUUUUCAUGUUCAGAAUGUGGGAAAUAUUUUAGUGAGAAACCAAGUCUUGUUAAACAUCAAAGUAUUCACACAGGGGAGAAGCUAUUUUCAUGUUCAGAAUGUGAGAAAUGUUUUACUAAUAAAUCAUAUCUUGUUGUACAUCAAAGAACUCACACAGGGGCGAAACCAUUUUCAUGUUCAGAAUGUAGAAAGUGUUUUACUGACAAAUCAAAUCUUGUUCAACAUCAAAAAACUCACACAGGUGAGAAGCCAUUUCCAUGUUCAGAAUGUGGAAAAUGUUUUACUGAGAAAUCCAGUCUUGUUUAUCAUCAAAAAACUCACACAGGAGAGAAGCCAUUUUCAUGUUCAGAAUGUGGAAAAUGUUUUACUCAAAAAUCAUAUCUUGUUGAACAUCAGAGAACUCACACAGGGGAGAAGCCAUUUUCAUGUUCAGAAUGUGGAAAAUGCUUUACUUGUAAAUCAAAUCUUGUUAGACAUCAGAGAACUCACACUGGAGAGAAGUCAUUUCCAUGUUCAGAAUGUGGAAAAUGUUAUACUAUGAAAUCAAGUCUUGUUAAUCAUCAAAGAACUCACACAGGGGAGAAGCCAUUUUUAUGUUCAGAAUGUGGAAAAUGUUUUACUGAGAGAUCAAGUCUUGUUUAUCAUCAAAAAACUCACACAGGAGAGAAGCCAUUUUCAUGUUCAGAAUGUGGAAAAUGUUUUACUGGGAAAUCAAGGCUUGCUCAUCAUCAAAAAACUCACACAGGGGUGAAGCCAUUUCCGUGUUUAGAAUGUGGAAAAUGUUUUACUCAGAAAUCAAAUCUUGCUAAACAUGAAAGAACUCACACAGGAGAGAAGCCAAUUCAGAGCAAUAAAUGAUGCAGAUAACAAAUCUAUAUAUUAACCAUGUACAUAGGAUAUCUGACAUCUAUAUAUAUCUUAUACUGCAGGGGUCUCAAAUUGGCGGCCCUCCAGAUGUUGCAAAAACUUCAACUCCCACCAUGCCUGUGAGGGAAGUCAGCUUGUUAUACAUUUUUAUAUAACCUUUUAUAAUAAUCCUUUAUAUGAUUAUACGCCAUUUUGUAUAUCAUCAGCCAUGUUGUCUAUAGUCCACCAUCUUGUCUAUGUUCCUUCAUUAUGAACUGAGUGUGAACUUUACCAGAAUUAUAACCAGGAAACUUGUAAACAAGAACCACAACUGCUGAGCGUACAGAAAACUCCAAGGCUACUGAGUCUGAAGACGUUCACACUUCCCGUCCUUCCUACUUAGAGAUAAGACGCCUGUUUGUAACCAGGUAUCAUUGGGCAGUUUGCCGUCCUUUCAUCUUUGUCUAUAAGAAUUCUGCUGUAUGUAGUAAACGUCAGAAGACGCUGUAUACAGAUCCCAGUCUGUGUCAUUUCUUCCAAUCUAUCAGGCCUGAUUGAUAAAACAUUUCCAAUUUGGCCUCGAACAGCAAAUGUACCUGAAGGAAUUGGUUAAAUUCCUUAACAUGGCCGACAACGGUUAUCUGCAGCCAACGGCUGUUUGGGCAUGUCCUGGCAUGCUGGGAGUUAAAGUUAUACAACAUCUGGAGGGCCACCAGUUUGAGACCCCUGAUAUACUGCAUCUCCAAACUUGUUACCAAUUGUUAAUAAAAGUUUUCUUUCUUAUAUGAUUUUUUUAUCUUAUAUUCAUCUCCGCACACUGGACUUAUAAUAAAUGUAAUAUUGUCCCUGACGUUGUAUAUAGGGAAUGUAACGCGUCAGUGUUGUCCCCGCCCCCUUCUCAUUAUGAUUAUAGAGACUUUAAUUCAAGGCAUCAGACAGGAUCCGCGCGUCUCCCUUGAAGAUCGUCUCUUCUGAACAUAAGACGCUGCAGAUACUUUUAUUUAUCACAAACCCUAGACGAGGCAGCUAAAAUCCUGGGCGGCUAAAGGACCCGGUCCAUCUGAUGACUAGGAAAUAGCUUAUACUACAUAAAAAGGCUGAUACUAUAGGAUAAAG